GCCGGCAGAUCGGCUCCGUUUACAAAUCCAUCUUUGACCUGCUUCAACCAGCAAUUGGCUGAGAACCCAAGUCCCGACCGUUGUCAGCAACGCAUAUCACGCUCUGUUUGACUCUAACCGAAGAACACAAUCCAUCGGGAAAGCAAACAAACAAACGAGCCAUUAUGAAUGCCCUCCGCCCGGCGACCCGCGGCGCCGCCGCCGUCGCCCUCGCCCGCCAACCCCUCCGUGCCAUCCUGCCGCUAGUGUCCCAGCGCUUGUCAAGCUCGUCCUCACAACCGAAACCUCAAAACGACCUCGAAGUAGGCGAGUUACAGGGCGUCCAAUUCAAGGUCGAACCCCUCCGCCGCGUAGGCGAAGACCCCUCCACCAUGCGCGCACGGCUUCUCUACCAAUCCCGCAAGCGCGGCACGCUCGAAUCCGACCUGCUCCUCUCCACCUUUGCCUCCGCCCACCUCGCCCGCAUGACGCCAGCCCAGCUGGCCGAGUACGACCUCUUCCUGGACGAGAACGAUUGGGAUAUCUAUUACUGGGCCACCCAGGACGCCGAACCCCCUUCGUCUUCGUCUUCUUCUGCUGCCACCUCAGAAGGAAAAUCACAAACACAACCAUCGCCAUCCGGAAGAUACGAGGAAGACGAAGGGAGGACGACGACGACGACGUCAUCAAACGACCCCGGCGCGCAACCGCACCCGCGCCCCGGCGAGUGGGCGCAGACGGUGGGCACCUUCAAGCCUGCCUACCGGCCUGUGCCGGCGCGGUGGAGGGACAGCGAGAUACUGCGGAUGCUGAGGGCGCAUGUGGAGAGCAGGCGGGGGCAGGGGAAUGGUGGGAUGGGGUUCAUGCCGCCGCUGGAGGAGUAUAAGAUGUGAAAGGUUGAAGGUGUAUGCUAUUCAAGGGAGUUGUAUGAGUUCCGGGCAAGUUAUGUAUGAUUUGUGAGUUUGUAUCGUACGUGAUGAGGUAUGUGUAGUAUGUAAAAGCAGGGGCGGGGCAAACCUAUGACCUACUAGUACAUUAGAGUGGAUGGACGUAUACGGAACACAAGAAGACUGUACCGUAUGGUGCUUGGAAAGGGCAAAAUGGAAAAUGGGCCAGGAGAAAAGCACAUCAUGGAACAUGCAACCGGGCGCUUGACCCUCGACUUGAUGGGAUACACCUCGAUCAAUAUCAAAC